AUCGAGCUAACUUGACAUAAGUGGAAGUGUGUGACUGCACUAGUGAUUACGGAAAUAACUGCUUAGCCAGAAUCAAAUAAAUAAAGGAUUAAUAUCGAGUCACCACCUGUGUACGCCUGUAACACUCUCCACAAUGUCCAGGCAAUCCAACCGAACAACAGACAGCAAGAAGAUGAACUCUGAGCUGUUCACUCUGACUUAUGGAGCCCUGGUCACCCAGCUCUGUAAAGACUACGAGAAUGACGAGGAAGUCAAUAAACAACUGGACAAAAUGGGUUAUAACAUCGGAGUGCGCCUGAUCGAGGACUUCCUGGCACGCUCCAGCAUCGGCAGGUGUCAGGAUUUCCGAGAAACAGCCGAUGUCAUUGCUAAGGUUGCGUUUAAGAUGUACCUGGGAAUCACCCCCAGUGUGACCAACUGGAGCCCGGCAGGAGAUGAAUUCUCCCUCAUCCUUGAGAACAACCCGUUGGUAGACUUUGUGGAGCUGCCGGAUAACCACAGCACGCUGGUCUACUCUAACCUGCUGUGUGGGGUCCUCAGAGGAGCCCUGGAGAUGGUCCAGAUGGCCGUGGAUGUGAGAUUUGCUCAGGACACUUUGAGAGGGGACAAUGUGACAGAAAUCCGCAUGAAGUUCAUCAAGAGGAUCGAAGAAAAUCUCCCAGCAGGAGACGAGUGAUGGGAAUGAAAAGACCCUUUCCCUCAGCUUGUUGUGUCUCACUUAGGGAGGACUGAGUCAAACAAGGAACACUGUCAGGCGAUGAACGAACUGACUCAAAACAUCAAGAUGACAACAAGGUAUAUCUCAAUAACAUCUGCACUGAUCAGUGGUCAAGUUUUUGGGAAAAGUUUUUGUAGGUCUGUUUCAUAGACUGUAUUUCAAGAUGUUUGAUGUGUCUCCACUUCCUCCCACUGUACAAAAAUGAAAACAAAAUAUCCUGGAUACAGGCAGUACCAUCUUACAAUCGGUGACAUCAUUUGCAGCCAGAUUUUGCACAGUAGUGAUGUGGGUUUGAGCCACCAGAUCCCCCCAUAUACCCACCCAAAUUGCAGGGCAGUCUUACCUGUCAAUCAUGACGCCCCACCAUCUUUUUACAGUUGUAUAAGAACCACCUGAAAUUGGAAAAAACAACUUUUACUUUACUGAGUAGUAAGUUACUUCUGCUAACAAUGGGGUUUAUGAACAUGUUUUGGUUUAACUUUUGGGGAGCAUUCAUGUCAUUCAUCUUUUCAUACAGUCUAUGGUCUGUGCCUAAAUGACAAUUGUUGUUAUUGCUGAGGAGAAUAGAAUGCCUCUGACCAUUUAUCCAUUGCCAUCCCUCAUGGAGAGUCACUUUUUCUUCAUUUAAUGUUAAAAUAUCUGUCCUGAUUCUUGAAAGAAUGAUUUAUUUUCAUUUGGGCAUGUAUAGACUGCUUUUUUUUGUCUUGGUGCGAGGCUGGAAAAUCUUACAUCGUAAUGUUUUUAUGUUUGACUUGUUUGUUUUCUUUUUUUUUUUUUAAGAAAUCACACUAGAUUGCUGCCAAUUAUAUGGCAUGUUAAAUUAUGUAGAUGAAUAUGUCAAAUAAAAGCGACAUAUUCAAUA